AUGUCGGACGAGGUCGUAUCGGAAACACAUAACGUGUCGGAUGCUGCGAGGAAGACCGAGGAGACACUUCGCUUUUAUGAAAACUUCGAGAGAGACUUCGAGAAGAACUUCUCGCAAGCGGACGCGACGGAUACCGACUACUCCGGCUCUGGCUCCGGCUCGGACGAAAACGAGAACGAGAACGAGGACGAGGACGCGUGGGCGGAGCGAUGGGAGCGAGAACAAUGGGCGGCGCGUAAUGAAAAAAAAACGUCGAAGGCGUCGCCACGCCGCGGCGUCGCUUCUCGCUCGCUGACGGUUCGUCAGACGCCGCCGCGGCAACCUUCGGCCCUGGCGGUCUCAGUCUCGGCGAGAGGACAACCACGGAGACGACGAUAG